UCAUCUGCCGUCAUGGCGGCGUGCAGGUUGCUUGUGAGUCAAGGUGUGCUAGCUCUUGGUGUCCAUUACCAGCGUGUCUGCAGAUCUGUAGUCUUCACACAGACCAGGGAGAAGAAGCGAUGGAUGAAAGCCUAUACGCUGAUCAUGAACAGAAUAAGGAGGAUAGAAGGGCCGCCGCCACCGAAGCCACGCUCUCAGCAGCCUAACUGGGACUACCAUGCGGAGGUGGAGGCCUUCAGCAUCCGGUUGAAGGAGCGUUUCUCCACAGAGCUCCUGAAGACGGCCUUCGUGAACCCCUGCUAUGUGCGGUCAGAGGAGGAGAGGCGGCGUGGGCUGGGCUUGGACGCUGGCGCCGCAGCUCUCAACCUCAGAGACAACACCGAGCUGAGAGAACAUGGCGAGCAGUUUACACUGGGUUUCCUCAUGGACUGGUGCAGGAGCAACUUCCCAAGCCUGCCCCAGGAGGCUGCAGCAGCCAUUGUGGGUCACCUGAUGGGAUCAGAGAUCAUGUGCCAUGUGGCACGGAACCUUGCUAUGGAGGAAUUGGCGUUGACAGCAGAGUUUCCUGUUCCAGAUGAUGUCCUUCAGGGAACAUUCUUCGCUGUGAUUGGUGCCCUGGAGCAGAGCAGUGGGACCGAGGGGGCGGGGCUUUUCCUCAGGGACUUCCUGCUCACGCAGCUGAUCGGGAAGGACCUGUUCGAUAUGUGGAAGGUGGUGAACCCCAUGGGUGUGCUGGUGGAGGAGCUGAGACGCAGAGGGGUGGCACUCCCUGAACCCCGCCUCAUCCAGGCCUCCGGUGCCAGCACAGUCCUUCCACUCUACUUUGUCGGCCUGUACAGUGAUCAGAAGCUGCUGGCCCAGGGUCCUGGCGAGACUCUCUCCUCUGCAGAAGAGGAGGCAGCACGUGUGGCUCUGCGGAAGCUCUUCGGCUACGUGGAGAACCGCAAACCGUUCGACUUCUCCCCCGCCCAGGAGCAGCGUCAGCCAGCAGCCAGCCAAGCUCUCUACAGCAGAUAGUGCACUCUCUGAUCUCCCUGUCUCCUCCCUGCAUCCCCACUCCGCGUCCGUGAAGCGGCUCAAAGCGCCGAGGUCCACCCUCAACAACACGGCUCUCCUCCAUUAUUAAUUUUGCCGCAGUAGAAGUGAGCGUCUAAAAAAAGACAUGUAGUUCUCUGUUCAGUCCGCACUUACAGAACUAGCACGCACACCCUCCACUCUCCUUCAGCCACGUGGAAACAUCUUCAUCCCGGGAGCGCUGCUGGGGUUUUUUCUGUUGUUGUUUCUUUCUUUCUUUUUUCUGCACCUUUUUCAUCUUUUACAAAGCAGCAGACAUGAAGCAGUUUGCUUCUAAAUCGAGAUGGUUGAAACUCCACUCCAGUAUACCAGCUUCUUGCAGUCAGACACUUGUGAGGAUGACAGCCUAGUAUUUUAUAUUCUUCCUUAUAUUUAGGCGUGUUGUUACAUCCUGCUUCACUCUCAGGAAAAUGGCUCCAACUGCAUUAAAUUAUUUUUACACAAUUUUAUGACUAGUUUGGUAAAAUUAUGUGUACAAACUGAUUAAAUUAAUUGGCCAGCCACUUGAUGAUAAAAUGUUUCUGACCUGCAGUUAGGAUGGAGCUUUAACAGAUCCUUUUUAAAUGCAAACUGCAGCUGGACUGAUUCCCACAGGAAGAUCAGUGGGUGUGCAUUUUUUCUCUGAAAUUGCACAGUGCACAUAAAAGCUGUAAAAAUGUAUGCAUAAAAAUUAUGAAAAAGGGUAAGGCAGUAGACAUGUCUCAUCCUGACAGGUCACCGACUGUCUGGAGUACUGUACAAUUUAGUUAACAUCAGGCUUGAUUUCUUGGAUAAACAAAGUAAUCCAUCUAUGUGUUUUGUGAUUAAGAUUUUUCUUUUGAGGUCCUCACAUUGUAUAUUGUUCAUGUGCUAUGGUGCCAUUGAUGAUUAAAAGGUCCCCCCAAUAUUAAA